CAUUUAAUUUCCGGUUCCGGUCAUUGCAGAAUCAUUUCAAACAUUUGGCGCAAAAGAUGGAGAUCUGCUUGAAUGAAGAGGAAGAAUAUAGGGUGAAGUUUACGUCGAAAAAAAAUGUGGUCGAACAAAUUAAGAAAUACAAAGAACUACUGAAGAAGGUAUUGAAUGGCCAACCUCAGCUAUCCGAGGAAGCCAAGCAACUGUUACAGGAAGAGUUGCUGGCGAACUUCGAGACUGCUGUUCAAGAAAACGUGUUGAUCAAUAAUCAGACGUGGGAGGAGGCUCCUGAUGAAGAGGAAGAUGAAUGCAGUGCACUUGACGACCUGCUGGAUGAGAACAUUGUGGGAACUUCUCGGAAACGACGCAAAGGUCCUAAAGAGAUCCUCCCCUAUGUCGUACGGUCACUAAAGGCGGAGCGUAAACUCAUGGGAAUGUAUGAAGAAGUAGUGAAGCCACAAGAAAUGGGAAAGGACCCAGUACAAGAAACCAUCAUGACCACCUUAUUGGAUGCUGCACCUCGUAUGUUUAAGCAAGCCAGCGCAGUAAUGAAGUCUCUCCAGGUAGUGCAGCAGAGGGCCGAGGGUCUGGGACAGGUGCUGAACAUGUGUCCCACAGCGGAGUCCCUGGAGGUGUUCAGGGAGGUGAUGGGCAGCAAGCCCAAUGGAGAGGAAAAGACGGCUAGUAGGACCAGACCACCCAUUAAGAGAGCCAUGGAGCAAACAGAGCUCAGAAACAACUAUGCUCCUGGUCUAAAGAGGCCAGCCAUUUGUAACAGCAAUGACAAACCUGAGUGAAAUAUAUGCCACAUAAAUGCUUCCUGAUCAUGGAACAUGUACUCUUAUUUGUGAUUGGAAGGAUGCAAUACUGUAGUACUCCCCACAGUGAUAAGGCCUAUGUUUGCAGCAGUCUGUGAUACAAUACUGCCCUCACAUGAUGGAUAAUGGGAAAUGCACCCAAUAGUAGUGUACAUUGUUUUUAUACUGUAUAUUUAAAUGGCUUUAGAUGAGAAAAUAUAUAUUUUUGAUUGGGUGUUCUUUUUUUCCCCUUUGCCGUUUGGCAUUUGUCACAGUUGAAAAUGCACAGGUUGUAGGCUUAUGUGAAUAAAGGCUACUUAAACAAGCUGUAACAACCAGGUUUAAAGGUCCAAUGCAGCUGUUUUAAAAAAAUGUAUUUUAUCUCAAUAUCAAAUAAUUACUGGGUAACAAUGCAGUACCUUGGUGUGAUUGUAUUCAAUUAAAAUGUUAGGACUGUG